GGCAAUCCUUGUGUCACUGUAAGGUACGCACAGUUACUCAAACUUUAAAGCCUUCAGUGCUGUGUUUACAUUGUUCUGUAGCAGGGGAAACACUGUGACUGAGUCACUGUUCGAAGAGCUCCCCUUUCCCGUGGACUGAGCAACUGCAACCUACCUCCACACGGCAAAGAUUAUGACACAUCACGGCGCAUAGAUAAAGGUAGAAAAAGGAAGGAGACCAAGCACUUGCCACAGUGACACAACCUUACAUUAAAGAAGCCUUACCAGCAUGUUGCGAUUACUACUGUUGCGAUUCCUCUUCGCUGUUCCAAUUCUUGCUUUUGUGUCAGAAGUGACAAGACCACAGACCGCUGCUACCCGACUUUUUUCGUCAGAUAGUUGCGAUGUGGCCGUGAUCGGUGGGGGCUUUGGAGGUCUGUACACAGCCCUUGCUAUUUCACGAGAGGCACAACAGAGGGGCAAGUCGAUUGACGUUGCCUUGGUGGAACCAAGUGACUCGUUUGUCUUUCUACCUCUCUUGUACGAUUUGACUGUGGGAACCGCCACUGAGGCGGAAGUCUGUCCACCUUAUGCCGAACUUUUGGAAGGCACCUGUGUGCGUCUAAUACAGGCAUCCUUGGAGUCGAUUGAUAAUUCGCAAUCAGCAACAUUAAAGCCUGCUUCACCCAAGGCUUCCACGGCACUGUCCUUUCGUUCUGCAGUGAUUUCCGUGGGAGCCUCCCCAGAAUCCAUCAUGAAGUCUGUCCCGGGAGCAUUGGAACAUGCCCAACCAUUCUAUACUGACAAGGACGCCAAGGCCACGCGAAGAUUACUCUCUAGAUUGAAACAACAGACUAACCCGCCACGGAUUGCCAUUGUGGGUGGAGGGUUUGGAGGUGUCGAAUUGGCCGCCAGCGUCAAACGGAAAAUCCGCAAAGCCUCCGUAACAUUGCUCAGUCGAGGUGCUCCCAUGGCGGGAACACGGGCAGAGACACUCAUCGACAAGGCACUGGAGAAACUAGGUGUUGUUGUUGAACAGUGCUCUGUACAGGCCAUUGAUGCUGUUGCUGCUGAUGAUGAUGGCAGAAGCAGUCAGGUGACAAUCCAGAGAACGCAAUGGGGUGACGACCAAUCUCGACUCGAUAUGGAUCCCUGGGAUGCCGUCAUGUGGACAGCGGGUUCAAGACCCACCAACCCCGUGUCAGGAGGAUUGCCGGGACUUCGUAGGAGUGAUUCUGGAAGACUGGCCAUUGACUCUGCACUGCGAUGCUUUGAAUGCGAAGACGUACAAGUGCAAGGGAGCUCAUCAUCAUCCGACGGACGCGUCAGCACCGUCAAGACGGUCAAAUUUGAACAACCACCCAUCUGGGCUCUGGGAGACUGUGCAGAGAUUGUAUCGGUGAACAGCGGGCCUGCAGUCCCCAAGACAGCACAAGCUGCCAUGCAGCAGGCGGAGGUUGCAGCCCAUAAUGUCCUGGAGCAAUUGGACGGCCAACGUUCUGCUUACAAAAAGUUCCAGUAUCAGGACCUUGGAAGCAUGCUCACACUUGGAGGACCCAACGGGGCUGUGAUGGCACCCCGCGACGGAGCCUUUGCACCUGUCUUUGCUCCCCUUUUGGACACGGCUGGUGCAGCCUUUGCUCUCGCCGAUAAGAUGCUGGAAGCGACCGUGGGGAAGCCAGCCCUAUUAGAGACCCUGGGUCUCAGUCUGGGAAGUUAUGGUAUUGCAGGGGCGGAAUCUGGAAGUGCCCCUGGCACUCUAGCAGGAACUCUUACCGGGGCUGCUAGGCGAGCUGUCUACGCAGCUCGGAUGCCUACCAAUCGGCAACGUGCAGUCGCGGCAACUUCCGCUGCUAUCACGACCGCUGUGUCUCUGGCCCAAGAAGCUACAGAGAAGAAGCAAGGAUAGAAAAUGUCGGUGGUGCCAUGUCUACGGCACUGCACAUCCGCGAAGGGCAACACUUUACUAUUGCAAGAAACAGCUCAUCAUAUGUUCAUUAGGCAGUUAGUUCAUCCAGGAAGAACCUUGGUUUGCUCAGAACAACAAUCGUAUCGCACACUUUCACUUGUAAAACAUGUACUGUACAAAGUUUAAAACACGUGCGAAAUUGCUAAGGUGU